GUCCCUAGCUGGCUUUCAUUCCAAACGAAGAGAGCACGUCUCUUGUCUCAAUUGCAAUUCAAAGACCCAUAACACACCCCCAUAUACGAACAAUCACAAUCUCAAUUCCCAAUUCUCAAUUCACAAUUCUCGAUUCUCAAUUCUCAAUUCUCAAUUCGCAAUUCGCAAUUCGCAAUUCUUCUCCCUCCGCUUUUUCCAAUUCUAAACUUUCCUUUCUCCUCUCCCUCUCCCAUUCCUCUCUCUUUUUCUUUCAUUUCGAAAACUUGCAUAGCAUUAUUGCUACUGCAUACGAAUACCUGUCCAUCUACCUACUACUACAUCCUGCAAUCACCACCGCCAUCACUGCAAUCACUGCAAUCGCUGCAAUCACUGCAUCAACAUCACCACCACCACCACCACUCACACACACAAGACAAGUUCUCAAUCAUACCAUCAAAACCAACAUCAGCACCAAAAAAUAAAGACGAAAGCUACCUUACUACCUACUUACCUACCACCCAACCACCCAACCAAUUCUACUUUACUCUCCCUCACAAUUGUAAUUGUACACCUCGGUUGUCAUCUUUCUCUCUCAUAUUUCUUGUCCUUCCUUACUUCAUUCAUAAUUUCCUGCUUUCAUCUCUUAUUGCGCUUUGCUCUUUUAGAUUGUUCUGCCUCUAAAGAACUUCCUUUGUUGUUGUCAAUCUUUCAAUCUUUGAACCUUUUCCCAACUUCAUUCAAUCAACAAGGCUCCAGCCAAUUCCUGUCCUUUCCGGUACAACUUUCUUCAUCACCUCUAGAAAAUCAUCUUGCUUUUUUAAAAAAUCAUAGAAACUGGUUAUCAAAUUGAUUGGGGCGAAGAAGAUCUGUCAGGUUCCACAAAGAGGUAUGUUUUUCUUGCAACUUCCCGGCCUGGUGCAUAAGUACAAACAACUCUUUCUUGCGGAUUCGAGAACCCCUCGAAAUGGGGGUACAAGAAAAUGUUCCUACCCGUAACCACAUCCACGAGAUCAUACUCUUCGAAGUACAGAGCAUACUCGUUGUUUGCCCACACAACAUUAUACCUUGAAGCCCAAGCCACCACCAAAAAAAGGGAAAGCAAUUACUAACACGGUACUUUCUUUUACAGAUUUUACUUUUUGGAACACGGAGCAAGUCUUUUCUAAUAAUAACAGCUUGAUAUUCUGAAUACAACUUUUGCACUAAAACACUACAAAGUUGACUUGAGAAUCAAAGCAAAAAUGGAGCACGAUGCAGGGAAGAGACAACGUGGGAAUAGCAUCACGACUACUCCCGAGAGACCUACGAAUAACGAUGGCAGAGCUAUACCCGAGGCUCAGGUAACAGAGAGACCGCAAGAAUCAGGGGAGAUUAAUAGCCACGACCCUCAGGGAUAUGAUUUACAAUCUUCCAAUACAUUCACGGCUAAUAGUAGUUCACCGCCUACAAAUCCCGCCCCCAGAUAUCCUUUUGAACGAUCCACAACCUCAUCUAGUCAAGAAGGUUCCAGUACGUCAAAGAGAAGUCUACAAACGGUGGCCAAGUCGUCGUUAGAACCCCCGGUCACAAAAUCAACCUUGAGUGAACUCGAUGUGAAUAAAAUUGUACACAAUCCCAAACUUCGACACGACAUUAAUUUCGAUCCGGAUUUACACUUUAGACCUAAUCUCGAUGGAGAAAAAGGACGAAAGAAGACUCAAAAAGCCAAUGAUUUUUGGGACACGAUGCGUUUGCAACUUCAAGGUUAUUUGACUGAUCGUGAGCAAUUCGAGAAAGAUUUGGGAGAUGCGGAAUGGUGCUUGCCAGCAACGCUCAAGGCUAUCAGAGGCAUCUUGGAGACAUUAGUUCCACAGCGGGAUCGGUCAUCGGUCGAAGAGACAUUUAACGUCGAUUUGUUAAUGCAGCAAUUCCGCAAAGGCGUUGCCGAUCUUGGUAAACUUGCACGAUGGCUAUCGCAACUCUUAAAAUGUCAUUGCGCACCGAUGAGAGACACUUGGGUGGAUGAUAUGGUCGUCCAGUUGAGUGAGGGUGACAAAAACUGGGACGUGUCAAUGCUAGUCUCCGGAAUGCGAAAUUUGUUGGGUGUUUUGGAGGCUAUGAAACUCGUAAGUUCUGCAUGAUGUGAGCCUGAUGGAAGUUUGCUGAUACGAGAUUUAGGAUGUUGCAAAUCAUCAAAUCAGAUGUUUGCGCCCGCUGCUUAUCGAGGAUACUGUUCAAUUUGAGCAAAAGUUCUUCGUAAGAAAAAUUGCGAUGGGUAGAGUAGACAUCGCUUCGGCACAUGAUUGGUUCAAAAAGGCAGCAAGCUUGCCAGAUAAUCUUCACAUGGACGCACCAACACGAAUCCAAGGAAACACAUGGGACUUCAUGAAAGCACUUGUGAAUCUUACGCUACCAUCCAAAGCCAUAGAACCUGUACCUCACACCUUCCUUUUCGAUGAGGAGCGCCUGGUUAAACUUCGAGCGGAUAUGCUCGAUCUAAUCAAUCUCGAAAUUUGCAUGUUUUUGUAUCACAAACUUGACGCAGCAUCUAAAAUGAACGAGGCUAGAUCAGUACCACAAGACGAUACACCUGUUGCUUCGUCGUAUAUUUCUUCUCCCGCGGAUGAAGGCGUGCUCUCGGCCCCGACAGUCCCUUCAGAGAAUGAUUUUAAAGCCAAACGAAAGUACAAUCAUCUGGCUCAGGAAAGAGGUCAUUUCUCAAGAGAACUUUCAGGUAGACAAGUAUGGGUACCAAAUUUAGAGGAAGAAGCUACGGAUUCUCCAUCGUCCAGCCCACGAUCAUCUCCAUCAACUACUGCAUCUACGCCAGAAACAUAUCCUGUAACCCCACUUUAUUUAUCUCUUCAAAAUUCGGAUUCCACUUCACAAGUACGCACGUCUUUACAAGCUCUCCUAGCCUCAUCGUCAUCCCAAGACAGAUGGACCGUACUGUCCUCGAAUAUCGCUUUGCAAAUUCUUCGUUCGACGCCUACCCCUAUGGCGCGCCUUCCAGUCUUCGAAUCCCAUCUCUCAUUUCACCUCUCAAAUUCACGAUCCAAGCUCUAUCAGGAAGCAGAGGCACGAGUCCUUUCGAAACUUUUCCCUGAACUACAAAAGCUUGUCGAGUCAUAUACUCCUCUGAACAGUCUUCAAAUAUUUGAUGCGGCCACGUCACCAAGACCCGCAAAUGGAAUUUUCAAUGGAAAUUCCCCGGCAAAUGGACAAAAAGAAGAAAUCUUGGACGUCGCAACCAGAAUUGCUCAUAUUGGUAUUUUGCAUUGGAGAGUUUGGGCGCCUUUAGCAUACCUCGUCAACCCGGAUGUCGAGGACGAAGGUGAUGUCAACAUGAUGCAAGAUGCAGAUAUACCCGUCGAUGAAUCAUGAAAGCAUUACAAUUGGAUAACUUUCAAGCAACAAUCUUCCAAGGGUGUCUCUAACAAAAGAAUCGAGCAUUGAAGAGAUUCAAAUCGAGGAAGUCCAAUCCACCCGAAGUCAUGUACGCCAGACUUCGGAUACGUUAUGGCGACAAAUAUUAUCUGAAGGAAACAAUAUCUCCAAGAUUGCUGGAGACGAACUAUGACCGCAACAUAUUUCAAAAAGUUUGGAAAUCGCCUCAUAAUUUUCUUAUACUUACUUACCACACAUCUUUUAUAAAUUCGCAUCAUUUUUGGAGUCAUUCGGUGCUGGGCGGGUCGGUUCUGGUUCCGGUCUUGCAUACCUGCAUCUUUUCUCCAUUUUUACAUUUCUGAUACCCAACUUCUGUCGUUUCCUUUCGCAUCAAUCGACCAUAAAUAUCUGUACAAUAGUUGUCGAACUGGCAUUGUUAGCUGGUGUGUUUAUUUUUCGGAAGAAACAAAAAUCCAUGCAUUAUUUUUGGGUCGGUUAGGUGCAACAAUUAUUUGGUCAUUUUGAAUGAUCACAACAUUAGAUACACUUUAGGUGUAUGCCUACCUUUUUCUUGCUUCAUGUUGCAAUUUGGUUAGUGCGUGUUAGUAUGUGUGCGCGAAUAUUUGUCCUUUUGAUUGGGUGUUUUUCUGCAGGUUUGAAUUGGAUAUGCAGAUUGGAUGGGAUAAGAUGGCACGACGGAAGCGCGUAAUGUUAGAUGUCGUCUAGACUUUCAGUGGCGGGAACAAUGGAAGGGACGGGUACUACUUCAAUGAGGAAGGUUAAGUACAUCAGUUUUUGAUUGAAUAGGCAUUGAUGGAUGGGAUUGAGGUUAUUGAAUUGCUUGGAUUGAAUUGAAUUGAUUUGGAUUGACUUGGAUUGAAUUGACUUGGAUUGACUUGGAUGAUUGCUUGGUUAAGUUAGGUUAGGUUAGGGUUGUAUAUUUGGUAAACACUUGUGAGCAUGCAUAUGGAAUUGAAUGGAAGAUAUUGAAAUUAUAUGAUUGAUUUAUUGAUUGGAGUGAGAUUGAGUGUGAGUGU